UACACCACAAAUACCAAUUCUUCUCAUUUAUUCCAAUCCAAGAACAGUUCCUUCCAAGUUCCAAAUCCAAUCGGCGACGAACCAAACUCGGCGGUUUGGGCGUAGGGCUUCCAAUCGGGGACUCGGAUGCAGGGGAAAAUUGCUCGGUGUGAAAGCGACAGCUUCUACAUGCAGCAAUAAGCGGCGCCCGCCUUUUAACAGAGCCUCUCCCUCAGCCAAACCAAUUCUCUCUCUCUCUCUCUCUCUCUCUCUCUCCCCGACACAGAUACGAAGAAGGAUCGAACAAGAAAGCAAGCAAAUUGAGUGUACAUAGUAUUUCUAUCAUGGAAGGUACUGUAGUUAGGAGGGUGAUUCCGUCAGAUAACAGCUGCCUGUUCAAUGCUGUUGGGUAUGUUAUGGAUCAUGACAAAACUAAAGCUCCUGAAUUGAGACAGGUUAUAGCUGCAACAGUGGCUAGUGAUCCGGCACAAUACUCCAAAGCAUUCCUAGGAAAGCCAAAUGAAGAAUAUUGUGCUUGGAUCCUUGACCCAGAGAAGUGGGGGGGUGCCAUUGAGCUUGCAAUAUUAGCAGAGUAUUAUGGACGUGAAAUUGCUGCAUAUGAUAUCCAAACCACAAGAUGUGAUCUGUAUGGACAGGGAAAGAACUAUUGUGAAAGGGUUAUGCUAAUUUAUGAUGGCCUUCAUUAUGAUGCUCUGGCUAUGUCUCCUGCUGAUGGAGCUCCAGAGGAAUUUGAUCAGACAAUAUUUUCUGUUCAGAAGGAUGGAACUAUUGGGCCAGCUGAAAGGCUGGCUCUCAGCCUUGCUAGGGAGCAACAAAGGAAAAGGAGUUACACCGACACUGCCAACUUCAGUUUGCGAUGUGGGGUCUGCCAGAUUGGAGUUGUUGGCCAAAAGGAGGCAGCGGAGCAUGCACAAGCAACAGGUCAUGUCAACUUUCAAGAAUAUAGAUGAUAUGGAUAUAUAGAAAAAUAUAGAACAGGAACAAAUUUUUUUUUGAUGAAUUUCUCAGACAUUUCCACCCCCCUCUCUUAAUCUCUGUAGUUUGGCCAAUGUUUGAUCUUAUUGGAAACUGAAGUGGGGGGAUGAAAAGGCCAAGCCUGAAGAAACUGGAUUUGCUGAAGAAGAACUGUGGUGUUAUUUUAUUCAUAUCUGGAAGUGGAAGGAUAUUAUUUGGUAAA